AUGUGCCCUAUGUUUUGCUUUGUAAUCCAGCUCUUGAGUGAACCAGAUAAACAGGAUUGUUGGCCAGGUGAUUUCAAAGUUUGAUUAAGCUAAUCCAGGGAAAGCUGUUGUAGCAUAGUUCCAUGUACCGAAUUCUUUCAUUUCACAGUUAUUUCACCAUCAAGUGUACCACUUUUGGGUCCCGGAGUAGAAGUUUAUCAAUCUUACUUUUUCCAAUAAAACAACAACGACAACAACAAUUCAUAAACUAAAAAAAUGUGCAAAAUAAAAUGCAACAUAAAAGUGCAAAACUCUAAAGUAAAAUUAAAUCAAGUACAGUUGUACAGCUUGGUCAACAUUGCUAUGAUGAAAAUAUAAUAAUUUAACCCAGAAUCAUCCAAUUGAGUGUAGUCCUGAACAGCUACAGCUGUUCAGGAUUCAGUGACUGGCAUUUCUAAAGUGUAUAAAAUAAAUCAACAGAAUCAAACAAAUAUUUUAUUAUUGACUUCUGAAUAAAUAAUAUUGGUACUUCAAGACCAAGCAAAUAAAAUCAUUAUUUUUAAGGGAUGCAUUUAGCAUUUCUGUUGAACUUUGUGUGAAUUGUACAUUUUAAAUUAAAUAAAAUGCUUGCAAUCGCCAGUUUUAUGUCUGCAGGGAAUCACAAUACAAAGACAGCUGAAAUGCAUUGAAAUCUUUUUGGUUUCAAGAACAAAAAUAAUUUGAUUGAUUACUAAAAUUCCAAGAGACAUGCACUUGUUGGUGAAGUACUCAUGAUCAGAAAACUUAAAUGCAAAAACCGUGGUCAUUAUAAGUUUUCUCCUGGAUUAGCAUUUAUCGACUUUGUUCAACUGUCACAACAUUUAAAUCAAUAGCCAAGUUCUGCUGAUAUAAUAAUAAUAAUAAUAAUUAUGUGGAAUCCAUAUUAUUAUUAUUAUUAUUAUUAUUAUUAUUAUUAUUAUUAUUAUUAUCAUUAUUAUUAUGAGGCUGUUAUUAUAGUACCUGUUGGUGCAGAUAUGCAGUCCUUAUUGUACCCUUCAAAUUUCUUACCACUUUGA